UCUCUCUCUCUCCGGCAGGCUCGAGACGAACCACACUUUUCACAACAGCGCGGUAAAAUUUUCAUACGCGACCCAGAUACCCAAUGCUCAGCACAAGUCUCGUGUAACCUACUUUUGCAGCUACGUUCUGAUAGAUUCGUUCACCGUCGACGAUGUCUGAUGAAGCAUACGAUGUCGUGGUUGUCGGGGCAGGCGUGGAGGGGUCGGCAGCUGCCUAUUACCUGGCCAAGAGGGGGAAGAAGACUCUGCUGUUAGAACAGGCCAACACGGCUGAGAUACAGCAUCGGCAUACUCAAAUGGAGUUGUUUUCUGCCAGUCUUCCCGCUUCCACACAGUCGGGGCAGCUCUCACGGCCAGUCUCGCAUCACCCGCAAGGCCUACCCCCAGGACUUCUACACAGAGAUGAUGCAUGAAGCCACCGACAUCUGGCGGCAACUGGAGAGAGAAGCCGGGUGGGAGGUGUUCAGGCCCGCUGGUUACCUGGCUAUAGGGGAACAUAACGGUGUAUUUCUUAAGGAUAACGUCAGUUCCCUCACGCGGAACGACGCUCCGUUCCAAUACCUGCCACCACCCGACUUCCGCCGUCGCUACCCUAUGCUGGCAUACCCCGACAACUUCGCUGCCAUCGUCGACACCGACGGGGGCAUUCUUCGGGCCGACAAGGCGCUCCUUGCCUACCAGACAACGUUCAAGAAAUAUGGAGGACGCCUUAUCGACGGUGCCAUGGUAACCAAUAUCAGACGAGGUAAUAUUAUUACCCUGGAGACGCCCAACGCCACCUACCGGGGUAGAAGCGUGAUCAUAUGUCCAGGUCCCUGGGCGUCCCAGAUACUUCGUCCAUUUGGCGUCAAGCUUCCACUUAAGGUUAUACGGAUCUGUGUGCUGUACUGGAAGGAGCGGCAGCCGGGUAGUCAUCACGCUAGCAAACUACCGACAUUCUUUGAAGAAAAUUGCUGUGAUGGUUACUCUAUCUACGGCCUUCCUAGCGAGGAAUACCCCGGACACGUGAAGAUGUGUCUUCACUUCGGUCCUGAAAUUGACGUUGAGUCACGUGACCAGGUAGACGUGAAGUGGGUGAUUGAUCUGAUGAAGACCUACGUCCGAACUCACUUCCCUGGUCUGGAGGCAGCGCCCUCUAUCAUGGAGCCAUGCAUAUACACGAACACGCCUGACAGUCACCCCGUCAUUGACUACCUCCCCGGCUCCCGCAACAUCGUCCUCGGUGCCGGCUUCUCAGGUCAUGGCUUCAAGCUGUCCCCUGUGGUGGGCAAGGUCCUGGGUCAGCUGGCGUGUGGGGAGACGCCCUCCUACAGCCUCACCCCCUUCAGGAUAGACAGGUUUCCCCCUCAGGCCGGCCUCUGACGGGACAGUCUCAUGCCCGCGUCGUGUGUAUGUGAUCAGUGACGAUGAAUUAAAACUGUGGGACCCUG